AUGAGUCAAUUGUUUCCUAUUAACCUUCUUACUUCUUUUCCUUCAAAGGGCUGUCCCACAUCUUUCUUUUUCAUCCUUUUCGUGUCUAUUCUUAACUUCCCACCCAUCUAUUCAUCGGCGUCAACUCCUUUCAACUCUUCCGAAUAUGUUCUUCGUGAAGUAUUCCAACAUAAGGAUCAAUGCUACAAAGAUUCGUUCGUUUAUGUGAAAGAAGCAUACACUUCUAAAUCGUCUCCAUUUGUCGUCUACUCAACAACUAAAGAGUGCUCAACCUUUUUGAAUGAACAAGAUCUCUCUGAAAGACUACCAUCAUGCCCAUCGGGUUUGAUAGAUCUGGAGGUUACGCCGACGUAUGUAGGAAAGUCCCAAAUAAGUUACCCGUAUGCUAACCUCAACAUAUCCGUCACUGCCCACUCUCCUGUUAGUACACUCGUGUUUCGUCUUCAAUGCCUUCAUGCUUCAGAUGGAUCGGACGUGUAUUGCUCGGACAUGAAAGAUAUGUAUAUAAAUGGAGUGAAAGAAUGGCCUUGUCGUGGAAUACAUCUCUCUACCGCUGUGCAUCAUCCUGCAAAAUUCUCUUAUGCCUGUUUCCGACUCACUUCAUACUCAGUCUACGCAAUCAAUGCUACUGUUCUCCCACAAAAAUGCAGAAUCUCAACAAUUGUCACUUCUCCUCAUCUAGACGAGAUCUUCCCGCCAAGCCUCGUUGACCCUUCUGGCAGUGAAAAUGACAUUGAUUCAACUGAUCCGUAUUGGUCACCUAUGAUAUCUGUUGACUUUAGUGAAGAGCAAGCCGUCUGGAUUCGCUUGGGAAAAGCUCCAAAUGCGGAGUGUGACACUAUGAAUGUUCAUGUUUAUCAGGAACACGAUGAUAACAAGAUCAAAUUUCUCGCUGCUCUAUCUGUCAAAUGUCCUGAAUAUUCUAUCAAGUGGGAUGACCAGGAAGCAGGAACGUAUCUUCUAACUGCUUAUGUUCCAAUCCGUGGAUGCAAGUUCUUCUGUGAACCAAAUUCACGUGGAUGCAAACAAUGUCUUCGUACUCACCUCAAUCUCGUUAUUUGGGAAGAUCGAGUCUCUAUGUCUUGGAGAGUAGUGAAAACAUUUCAUGACUACGGCAUUCAAAUCUUCAUCGUAACUGCUCUCCUGACGCUUAUUCUAAUUAUACUGUUUUUCGUUGGAAUCUAUAUUCACUAUCGAAAACAAAAAGCAGAUGCAAACCGCGUGAGACAGAUCCAAUUAGAUACUUUCGUUAAAGCAAUGAUCGUUUAUACGGAUGAUAACGAAGCACAUACGAAUUGUGUGAAACUCCUGGUUGACAACCUCAAGCACUGUGCUAAUUGCGAACCUAUCUUCGAUUUGGAAAAGUUGAUCACGAUUGAACAAGUUGUCCCUUCACGUUGGCUCAUUGACCAGCUCAGCACUCUUUCCAAAUUCAUUAUCGUGAUAUCCCAUUGUGCUGAAAAGAUUCUUCAUGCAGAAGAUUCUGAGACCCAUCGUCUUGUUCAGUCUCGUCCGUUCGCCGAUUUGUUCGAGCCUGCCAUGAACAUAAUAAUUCGCGAUAUCACACAGAAUCCUCAAGAAGCGCGAAAAAAGUAUGUAAUUGUGAGAUUUGGCUACUCUCCCCAAGUUCCAGCAAAUCUUGCUAUUCUCCAGCUUCCUACUUUCCUACUUCCUGAUGAAUUCGGACGUCUCACAGCUUUCUUACACGAUCUGGAAUACGGAAGUAACGUUAAUAUCACCCAGAAUAUUUCAAAACGCAGAAUCACUGAAUGGACAGACGCUGUUGAACACCAGAAAACUAUAUUCAAUGAGCAAGAAGUUAUGAACUUACAACGCGCAGUGCCUGUUGUAUUCACAUACAAAACAAACGAAGAAAGAAUCGCAGCAUCGCAACGGUAUAACUUGUUGCCGCCGUCGGCCGAAAUUGAAGAGGAUGAAGAACCAGAGACCUCGAACAACGAAGCAACAUACAUGCUUGCUCCACCACCAGUAGAAGACGAUCUCGAAGCUGAAGAAGAGGAAGAAGACGAAGUAUCAGAUACUAUUGUUGCCUUUGACUCAUGA